AUGAGGAGCCUGCCGCUGGGACUCGCUGUGUGUGUCGGAGCCCGGGGCCCUUCAGGAUCCAGAGUCUCUGGAGCCGCACCAGGGAGGGGGUUUUGUGCGACCGCGGCAGGGACUGUGGUGGAAGGCAAAUUAGAUGGGAGGAAAGGAGUGCUGAAAGAGAUCCGAAAGAAGGGCGUGGGUGGCCAAGUGCGCAGCUUUGAGGAGAUCCCUCACACGGGGAGGAACGGCUGGAUCAACCUGCUCAAGUUCUGGAGAGAAAACCGUUUCCAGCAGCUCCACAAGCACAUGGAGAGGACCUUCCACGCCCUCGGCCCAAUCUACAGGGAGAAAGUGGGCACUCUGAGCAGCGUUAACAUCCUGAUGCCGGCCGACGUCAGCGAGCUGUUCAAAUCGGAGGGCCUGCACCCUCGACGGAUGACCCUGCAGCCAUGGGCCACACAUCGGGAAAUACGCAAGCACAGCAAGGGAGUCUUCCUCAAGAAUGGCGAGGAGUGGCGAACCGAUCGUCUGCAGCUCAACAAGGAGGUGAUGAUGAGCGCGGCCAUAAAGCGCUUUCUGCCCCUUCUGGAUGAAGUGGCAAAGGACUUCUGUGGAAUGCUGCAGGCCAGAGUGGAGACGGAGGGAAGAGGAGAGGGGGGCAGACGCACUCUCACCAUGGAUCCCAGUCCGGACCUUUUCCGCUUUGCUCUGGAAGCCAGUUGCCAUGUGAUCUAUGGGGAGCGGAUUGGCCUUUUCUCCUCGUCUCCUUCCCUGGAGUCUCAAAAGUUCAUCUGGGCGGUGGAGCGCAUGCUAACGACCACCCCCCCACUCCUCUACCUACCACCUCGCCUGCUGCUCCGCAUUGGUGCUCCCCUGUGGACCCAGCACGCCACAGCCUGGGACCACAUCUUCAGUCACGCGGAAGCGAGGAUCCAGAAGGCGUACCAGCGCCUGACGUCCUCCCCGGGUCCAAAGGCUGUGGCCGCGGGGGAGCAGUACACUGGAGUUCUGGGGCAGCUUAUGGAGAAAGGGAAACUCUCCUCGGACGUGAUCAAGGCCAACGUCACAGAGCUGAUGGCCGGAGGGGUUGACACGACAGCCGUACCGCUGCAGUUCGCUCUGUUUGAGCUGGGACGCAACCCGGAGGUGCAGGAGCAGGUCAGGCAGCAGGUGAGGAUGUCGUGGGCACAAUCAGGCGGAGACCCUCAGAAGGCCCUGCAGGGCGCACCGCUACUGAAAGGCACAAUGAAAGAGGUCCUCAGGUUGUACCCAGUGGGAAUCACAGUGCAGCGCUAUCCAGUCAAAGACAUUGUUCUCCAGAAUUACCACAUUCCUGCCGGGACGAUGGUCCAGGCCUGCCUUUACCCGAUGGGUAGGAAUGCCCAGGUGUUCGAGGAGCCGCUGCGCUUCGACCCCGGCCGGUGGAGCAGCAGCAGGGAGGAUGGCCGGAGAGAGGAAGGAACGGGGUUUCGCUCGCUGGCCUUCGGGUUCGGGGCGAGGCAGUGUGUUGGAAGGAGGAUUGCUGAGAACGAGAUACAGCUUUUGCUCAUGCAUGUGAGUGACAGCAGACAUGAAAGAGCAAUCCUGCUGAGCUUCCAUCUCAGCGUGCCCUCCUCAGAGGACCUCAGAACCACCGUUACCCUCAUCCUCCAGCCCGAGACUCAACCGAAGAUCACUUUCAGCAAAAUUUGACACAAAAACCAAAGAUUGUGCCAUCUUUAACUGAAACAUUUUAUCACAGAGUUUAGAAAAAGUUGUGCACCCUCAUACUUUGUAUUUUGCCUUGAUUGGGUUAAAUAAAG